AACAUUAUUAUAGGCUGUUCGUCAGCUGUGCGCGCGCGCUCCACUGUCGGGACUCUUUUUACUUUCUUUGUGCAGCGCCGUUAUUAACGUUAACGAGUCGCGAAGCGCUCUGCAGUUGGACACGAACGCUGCACGGACGGAGUUGAGAGAAACGGAAAGAGGAAGCGGCGGGUUCGAUGGGCGGACGACGGACCCACGAGGCACUUUGCCGAACGGAACCUCACUCUGCUUGAGGCGAAGCGAAGUCUGUGUGAAGACCGAGACGUGCUGCUGCUGCUGGGCCCGGGGAGAUGCGACGCAUGCGCCCGGACCCCUGACGGCACAGUCACUGGGUCAGUGUGUCCACCUGCCCGGCCGGGCGGUCGCCGAGGACGGAUGAUGACGAUGACGAUGAUGUCCUCUUAUUAUUCUUGCUCCUCUUCUCGCGCUGCUCCCGCCAACGGCACGCGCUCUGAACACCGUGCCAUGCGGCGCGUGUGAGUGCGAGUGAGGCGACGGAACGCGCGCCGAGACUCCGGGGUCGGUCGCAGCCCAGGAGGAUCAUCAUCAUGUACUGGGAGGAGGCCGGUUCGAACCGCAGCUCCAACUGGAGCGCCGAGGAGCCCUCCUCCUCCUCCUCCUCGCCGGGGCGCGGUGGAUGGAGCGACGUCCCGCCGGAGAGCCUCUCCCGGACCGGGCACACGGUGGUCUCCGUCUUCCUGGGCUCCAUCAUGCUCUUCGGCUUCCUCAACAACCUGGUGGUGCUCGUGCUCUUCUGCAGGUUCAAGACGCUGCGCACCCCGGUCAACAUGCUGCUGCUCAACAUCAGCGUGAGCGACAUGCUCGUGUGCGUGUGCGGCACCACGCUGAGCUUCGCGGCGAGUGUGCGGGGCCGCUGGCUCGUGGGCCGCCGCGGCUGCAUGUGGUACGGCUUCGUCAACUCGUGCUUCGGAAUUGUAUCCUUAAUCUCCCUGGCCGUGCUCUCAUAUGAUCGCUACAGCACUUUAACCGUCUACAACAAACGGGCCCCCGACUACCGCAAGCCCCUCCUUGCUGUGGGAGGGUCCUGGUUGUACUCUCUGUUUUGGACGGUGCCCCCCUUGCUGGGCUGGAGUAGUUACGGCCUGGAGGGAGCAGGGACAAGCUGUUCGGUGACCUGGACGGCCCGGACCGCCGAGUCCCAUUCCUACAUCAUCUGCCUGUUCGUCUUCUGCCUGGCGCUUCCUGUGCUCCUGAUGGUGUACUGCUACAGCAGGCUGAUGUACGCUGUCAAGCAGGUGGGGAGGAUCCGGCGGAGCGCCGCCCGGAGGAGGGAGUACCACAUCCUGUUUAUGGUCAUCACCACAGUGGUGUGUUACCUGCUCUGCUGGAUGCCGUAUGGCGUGGUGGCCAUGAUGGCCACCUUUGGCCGGCCAGGCCUCAUCACGCCCAUCGCCAGCGUGGUGCCCUCCAUCCUGGCCAAGAGCAGCACAGUCAUCAACCCACUCAUCUACAUCCUUAUGAACAAGCAGUUUUACAGGUGUUUCCUGAUCCUCUUCCGCUGCAAGCGCAAGACGUCAAAAAACGGCAACUCCUCCGUACCGUCCAAGACGACGGUGAUGCAGCUCAACCGCAGGGUGCACAACAACACGGUCGCUUGCACCGUGGACCUCACCGGGAUCCACCGAGACUGCGCGACCACCCCCACUGACCCCCCCGACAUCACAGCAUGACGGCCCCACCCCCCACACACCUGCGACCAGCAUCCUGGAGCAUCACCCUGCUUUUCCACACUGGUGUAAAUACCACCGUGCUACACCGUUACACGUUUUGUUACAAAAUAUCGUUAUACUUUUGCUUUUGAUAUGACCACUUGCGCUUCCUUUGUCCCCUGACCGUAUAUGAACUUCAAACUUGUUUUGUCAUAUGACGUGAGGAGCUACUUUCUAAUAAAGUGCAGCACGUAAUGAAACCCUUGUCAUCGUAGGUGUGUUUCAAUACGCACGUUAUACAUUUAGAGCUGUCACCGUCCUGCACGCGGCUCCGCCGAAAGC